UGCUUUUUAAACGGUGUUCAUCUAUUAUUUUUCCGCCCGUGACUUUCUCUGUUUGAGAAGAGACUCCGAGAAGAGCAAUAUAGUCAGUCGACUUCUCUGGACACCUUUCUCCGCGAGCCUUGGCUCAUGCCAAGGUCCCUGGGGCCUGGGAGUGUCAUUGGGGGAUGACCGCGGCGUUAGUAGCUGCAGCUGCGACCGCGACCAUGGUCUCCGGCAGCAGCGGCCUCGCUGCUGCCCGCCUGCUGUCGCGCACCUUCCUCCUGCAACAGAAUGGGAUACGACACGGGUCUUAUACGGCUUCCCGGAAAAAUAUCUAUAUUGAUAAAAAUACGAAGGUUAUUUGCCAGGGCUUCACAGGCAAGCAGGGCACCUUUCAUAGCCAGCAGGCCUUGGACUACGGCACCCAACUCGUGGGAGGAACCACGCCAGGGAAGGGUGGCAAGACACACCUGGGCUUACCCGUCUUUGAUACUGUGAAGGAAGCCAAGGAGAAAACAGGCGCGACAGCGUCCGUCAUUUAUGUCCCUCCUCCUUUUGCUGCUGCUGCCAUUGAUGAAGCGAUUGACGCGGAAAUUUCCUUGGUUGUGUGCAUAACGGAAGGUAUCCCACAGCAGGAUAUGGUACGCGUCAGGCACAAACUGACACGCCAGGGAAAGACGAGGCUAAUUGGGCCAAACUGCCCCGGAAUCAUCAAUCCUGGAGAGUGCAAAAUUGGCAUCAUGCCUGCCCAUAUUCACAAGAAAGGAAAAGUAGGCAUUAUAUCCAGAUCCGGCACGCUGACCUACGAAGCAGUUCACCAGACAACCCAAGUUGGACUGGGGCAGUCCUUGUGUAUUGGCAUUGGAGGUGACCCUUUUAAUGGGACAAAUUUUAUUGAUUGCCUUGAAGUCUUCCUGAAUGAUCCUGCCACAGAAGGUAUUGUACUGAUUGGUGAAAUUGGUGGUCAUGCUGAAGAACAUGCUUCUGAAUUUCUGAAGGAACACAAUUCAGGUCCAAAUGCCAAGCCUGUAGUGGCCUUCAUUGCUGGUAUAACUGCUCCUCCUGGCAGAAGGAUGGGCCACGCAGGGGCAAUUAUUGCUGGAGGAAAAGGUGGUGCCAAAGAGAAGAUCGCCGCUCUUCAGAGUGCAGGUGUUGUUGUCAGCAUGUCUCCUGCACAGCUGGGCUCCACCAUGUAUAAGGAAUUUGAAAAGAGGAAGAUGCUGUGAAGAACACAACAAGUUCUUUAAAGCUGUGGGAGAAAUCUCAUAGACAUGAGAGCCAGUCCAGACUGUCAGCUACACGUCUGACACUGGCCUCUCGGUACAUGGGAAAUCCAGGCAAGUUUCAAAAUGUUCUAAAUUGAGCUAUUUUCACUUACUAUGUAACAGAGACAGAUAAUAAAGCUAUCAUUUGAUUUGAA